UUGUUAGAUUGUUAAAUAUCAAACCAACUUAUCAGAUACGGAGAAAGUUCAUGACAGUACCACCGAUGAACAGUAGGUGCCGCUCAUAAGCCGUCCAUUGCGCAUAUGGCGUGUAUUCCGUAUUCCCACGUGACGGUAAAAUGUUUUAUUCAGGUAUUAAAGAGCUCGAGGCCGUAUUUUAUACCUUAUUUAUCGGGUUGUUUGCAUCGUUUCUACUACAAUAACUUUCUACAGGCAGCCUGUCACAGCUGUCAAGCCAGCGGAAGAUUCCACCAAUCGUUGUGUAGUGGGCGUGGCCUCUCGGUGGAGGCCAGAGACGUGUACUUUGAACAAACAAAACUUUAUUGUCCAGGCUUUUGUUACUUCCUUUGUGGGCUCCUCAUGGGCCCCUCCUCCUUCUCCUGCGGCUGUGCUCAGGUCAGGUGCUGGUCUAUGGUCGGCUCAGCCUGUGUCCCAUUGUAGGAGGAGCAGUCACCGCUGUCAGGUCUGCGUGAAGGAAGAACUAUGAGCAACCCAUUUCAGCACCUAGUGGAGCCUCUCAACCCUACUGAGCCCAACAAGAAGUUUUUCAAUCUCCAGAAGUUGAAUGAUCCCAGAUAUGCCCGUUUACCCUUCUCCAUUCGAGUCCUCCUUGAGUCAGCCAUCAGGAAUUGUGAUGAAUUUCUUGUAAAAAGCAAAGAUGUUGAUAAUAUCCUGAACUGGAAAGUCACUCAGUAUGAGAAUGUGGAAGUCCCUUUCCGUCCAGCAAGAGUUAUUCUGCAAGAUUUCACUGGUGUCCCUGCAGUGGUGGAUUUUGCAGCAAUGCGAGAUGCAGUAAAGCGAUUGGGAGGAGAUCCAGAAAAAAUCAACCCUGUUUGUCCAGCAGAUUUGGUGAUUGACCAUUCCAUACAAGUGGAUUUCAACAGAAGGGAAGAUAGCUUACAAAAAAAUCAGGAAUUGGAAUUUGAAAGAAACAGAGAACGAUUUGAGUUUCUAAAAUGGGGGUCCCAGGCCUUUCAGAAUAUGAGAAUCAUCCCGCCAGGCUCUGGCAUCAUUCAUCAGGUCAACCUGGAGUAUUUGGCCAGAGUAGUUUUUGAACAGGGUGGUCUCUACUAUCCUGAUAGCCUUGUUGGGACAGAUUCGCACACCACUAUGAUCGAUGGUCUUGGAGUUCUUGGGUGGGGUGUCGGUGGAAUUGAAGCGGAGGCGGUCAUGCUAGGCCAACCAAUCAGUAUGGUGCUACCCGAAGUCAUUGGAUAUAAACUGAUUGGAAGCCCUCACCAUCUAGUGACUUCUACGGACAUUGUGCUUACAGUGACUAAGCACCUCCGUCAAGUUGGAGUUGUGGGAAAAUUUGUCGAGUUUUUUGGCCCCGGGGUGGCGCAACUUUCUAUUGCUGAUCGUGCUACUAUUGCCAACAUGUGUCCUGAGUAUGGAGCCACUGCAGCCUUUUUCCCUGUUGAUCUGGUCAGCAUUCAGUAUCUGCAGCAAACCGGUCGUGAAGACAAUAAAGUGAAAUAUAUUCAAAAGUAUUUAGAAGCUGCUGGGCUUUUCAGGGACUUCCUUAAUACAGAACAGGAUCCCGACUUCACUCAGGUGGUAGAGCUGGAUCUAAGUACGGUGGUGCCUUGUUGUAGUGGACCCAAGAGGCCUCAGGAUAAGGUAGCUGUGUCUGACAUGAAAACAGACUUUGAGAGUUGCCUAGGAGCCAAGCAAGGGUUUAAAGGCUUCCAAAUUCCUCCAGGCCAUCAUAAUGACAAAGUGAAAUUCUCCUAUAAUGAUGUGGACUAUGAACUGACCCAUGGCUCUGUGGUCAUAGCUGCUAUUACCAGCUGCACCAACACCAGUAACCCUUCUGUUAUGCUGGGUGCAGGUUUAUUGGCCAAAAAGGCAGUUGAAGCCGGACUAACCGUGAAGCCUUAUAUCAAGACAAGCCUAUCUCCUGGCAGCGGGGUAGUGACUUACUAUCUCAGAGACAGCGGCGUCAUGCCUUACCUCUCCAAACUUGGCUUUGAUGUUGUAGGAUAUGGUUGCAUGACAUGCAUUGGAAACAGUGGGCCUUUGCCUGAUUCCGUUGUGGAAGCCAUUACUCAGGGCGACCUAGUUGCGGCAGGUAUCUUAUCUGGUAAUAGAAAUUUUGAAGGUCGUGUUCAUCCAAAUACACGUGCAAACUACUUGGCCUCGCCUCCUCUUGUCAUUGCCUAUGCCAUAGCUGGAACCAUCAGAAUUGACUUUGAGACAGAACCUCUGGGGGUCAAUGCUGAUGGCAAGCCUGUAUUCCUGAGAGACAUCUGGCCUACAAGGGAUGAAAUCCAAGCUGUGGAGAUCAAAUGUGUUAUCCCUGGAAUGUUCAAAGAGGUGUAUGAAAAAAUUGAGAAAGUCAAUGAGAGCUGGAAUAACUUGAAGGCUCCGACUGAUACAUUAUAUCCUUGGGAUCCAAAAUCAACAUAUAUCAAAUCCCCUCCUUUCUUUGACAAUUUGACAAUGGAACUUGUACCUUCCAAACCAAUCACUGAUGCCUAUGUGCUCCUAAACUUGGGCGACUCCGUGACUACUGACCACAUUUCUCCGGCUGGAAACAUUGCAAGAAAUAGCCCUGCAGCCCGAUACCUUACUAACAGAGGCUUGACACCAAGGGAGUUUAAUUCUUAUGGCUCACGCAGAGGUAAUGAUGCUGUGAUGGCGAGAGGAACCUUUGCCAACAUUCGCCUAUUCAACAAGUUCAUCAACAAACAGGCCCCAUUAACCAUACACUUUCCAUCCAAUGAAACACUUGAUAUUUAUGAUGCAGCCGAAAGAUACAUACAAGCUGGGGAGAAUUUGAUCCUACUUACAGGCAAGGAGUAUGGAUCAGGGAGCUCCAGAGACUGGGCAGCCAAAGGACCCUUCCUGCAGGGAAUUAAGGCUGUCCUUGCUGAAAGCUAUGAACGAAUCCACCGCAGUAACCUUGUAGGGAUGGGAAUCAUUCCUCUGCAGUAUCUACCAGGAGAAAAUUCUGAAGCAUUGGGACUAACUGGGCAAGAGCGUUACACCAUUCUCAUUCCUGAUGAUAAAGACCUCCAGCCAGGCAUGACCGUAGAUAUCAAGUUGGAUACAGGAAAGACUUUUGAAGCCAUCAUGAGAUUUGACACAGACGUGGAACUUACAUAUUACCGUAAUGGAGGGAUCUUGAACUACAUGAUUCGUAAAAUGGCCAAUUCUAGUUAAGAGAGAUCUAAAAUAUGUACAGUGACUUAGAAGGGUGGAGAUAAACUGUCAUCUGUGUCUUAUAUUAAAAUGCAGAAGUCUUUGGUGAAAGCUGAAGGAUAUCAAUAUGCUGCCAUAUUUCUGCAGGCUAGUGACUUGACAAUACUCAGGAAUAAGUUUUGCGACCAUAGUAAAGUGACACAGUCCGGCCUAAGUAGUUUAUACAGUUAGGAAACACAUUCAGAGACUGUUAGAUGUUUUUAUUUGAAGGAUGAUUCUAAGCUGUACCACUUUUUCACAUGAGAAUACAUAUAGUUCUGCUCUCAGAACUUUCUACGUAUACAACUUUUAGAAUGCUGGCGCAAGUAAAAGUGGUGGUGUUCAAAUAUUUCCCCUCCCGCUAAAUACAUUAUGAUACAAGUAUUUACCAGUUUUUCUCCCUCGCCGCAGUGAACAGUUCUUUAUCAUGUCUUAUACAUUGUAACAUUACCUUGGAUCAGAAACUAGUGCACAAUUAUACAAAGCAAAUCUUAUUGCAUUUUUCUUCGUAUUCAGGUCAAUAGGGAACAACAAUACCAGACACGGCCCAUAGACAACAGUAAAGCCAUUCUGUAAAAGAACAGCCUCGGGCUAAGUUCCCACUUGGUUUUUUUCUGGCAGUUUUUGGAUAUCUGCCACUGCAGUUUUUGAGCCAAAGCCAGAAGUGUAUUCAAAAGGAAUCGGACAUAUAAAGUAAGAACUUACACUUCUCCUCCAUUAUGGAUCCACUUCUGACUUUGGCUCAAAAACUGCAGUGGCAGAUAUCCAAAAACUGCCAGAAAAAAACAAGUGGAAUCUUAGCCUCAUUCUGGACAACCCCUUAAGUGAUUGUUUUCACACGUGCAUAUUUUGCUGCAGCUAUUCAUACCCAUUGAGUUCAAUGGGUAAGAAAAUCAUCAGUAGAAAAUCUGCAUAAACAUACACAUGUGUAAAAGUAACCUUAAAGGGGUACUCCUGCCCUAGACAUCUUAUCCCCUUUCCAAAGGAUAGGGGAUAAGAUGUCAGAUCGUGGGGUACCGCUGCUGCGGAACCCCGGGAUCUCGGCUGCACCACCCACCUCAACGGCUUCCGGCAACGCUGGAGACUUCGGAUCCCGAACACGUGAGCGGAAGAGCGUGACAUCACGAGACUGCCCCCGUGUGAUGUCACGCCCCGCCCCUCAAUGCAAGUCUAUGGGAGGGGGCGUGACAGCCGUCCUUUGGAUAGGGGAUAAGAUGUCUAGGGGCGGAGUACCCCUUUAAUGUUCCUUUUGUUAGAUUCUUCUGUUAGAGUACAUUCACAUGUAUAGUUUCUGCUGCGUAUUUGGCUGUAUGUUUUCUGCUGAUGAAUUUGCUACCCAUGGACUUCAAGGGUAGGAAAAUCAGCUGCAGAAAAUAUGCACCAUAAUAUGGCACGCGUGAACAUAUCCUUACAAUUUUACUGUUAAGUUAGUGAAAGUAAACACCAACCAACAUUGUGGGGUUUAGUGUAAGACUGAACUACUAGAAAAUAAAUUAUUUUUAGAUUGUGUCUCCAGAUUCACAAAUGUUACUGUUCUCUUCUACUUCCUGUUUUCAUCUAAUUAUAUUCACAAAUAAAGACUUUUUUUUUUUUCUUAACAAUUAAUGUAAAUUUAUCUUCAAUGCUGUAGAUCUUUUUGUACUAUCUGUCCAAAUAAUAAAACCUACAUCCGCGUCUUCUCUUAA